AUGGAGGGCCAGAACCAGAAUGACGAGCUGUACCCGAUUGCCGUCCUCAUGGACGAGCUCAAGCACGACGAGCUUGUGCUUAGGUUGAAUGCCAUUCACCGGCUCUCCACAAUCGCCUUAGCCCUGGGGCCGGAGCGGACCAGAGAUGAGCUCAUACCCUUCCUAGACGAAUCUGUGGAAGACGAAGAUGAGGUCCUCGUCGCAUUGAGCGAGGAGCUUGGAAACUUCGUCGAGUACGUAGGAGGGCCGGAAUACGGUCAUGUCCUGCUCUCUCCGCUGGAGAACUUGGCAGCAAUAGAAGAGCCGUUAGUCCGCGAGAAGGCAGUGGAGUCUCUUAACAAGAUCUGCGAACAGCUGACCCAGCAGCAAGUCGAGGAGUACUUUAUCCCCCUAGUUGUUCGGCUGUCGAAAGCAGACUGGUUUACGUCAAAGAUAUCCGCCACCGGUCUCUACAACGUCCCAUACACCAGGGCGACCCCCCCAUCGCAAGAAGGCCUAAGGCAGCAGUUCGGACACCUUGUACACGAUGAUACACCUAUGGUUCGAAGACAGGCGGCGAGCAAUCUUGCCAAGUUUGUCAAGGCGAUGCCGGCCACGAUCGUGAUUGAGGAGAUGAUUCCGCUCUUCCAGCAUUUGGCGGGCGACGAUCAAGACAGCGUCCGAUUGUUGACGGUCGACAUCCUCAUCGCCAUAGCCGAAGUUGUACCGAAGGAGCAACAGUCAAGUCACGGGGUUCUGCUUACAGCCCUGCGGAGCCUGUUCGAGGAUAAGAGCUGGAGGGUUCGGUACAUGGUGGCGGACCGAUUUGAGAAGAUUGCAAAAGCAGUGGACGAGGAGGUUGUGAACAGAGACCUAGUACCGGCUUUCGUAAAGCUGCUCAAAGACACAGAGGCCGAGGUGCGGAGUGCAAUUGCAGGACAGAUACCUGGCUUUUGCGCCCUACUGGACAAGGACACUCUCCUGCAUGACGUUAUGAACAGCAUAGAAGAGCUCGUCACAGAUUCGUCUCAGCACGUAAGGGCCGCGCUCGGCAUGCAGAUCAGUGGGCUGGCCCCGAUCCUGGGCAAAGACGAGACCAUCAAGCACCUCCUCCCCAUGUUCCUUACGAUGCUCAAAGAUGAUUUCCCCGACGUCCGCCUGAAUAUCAUCUCGAAGCUCGAGCUUGUCAAUAACGUCAUCGGCAUCGAGCGUCUCUCUCAAUCCCUUCUACCGGCCAUCGUCCAGCUCGCCGAAGACAAGCAAUGGCGCGUCCGACUAGCCAUCAUCGAAUACGUUCCUCUCCUCGCAAGCCAGCUGGGCGUCAAGUUCUUCGACGAGAAGCUCAGCAGCCUGUGCAUGAGCUGGCUCGGCGACACCGUCUUCUCCAUCCGCGAAGCCUCGACUCAGAAUCUGAAGAAGCUGACCGAGGUCUUUGGCGUGCAAUGGGCGAAUGACGCAAUCGUGCCGAAGGUGAUGAUGAUGGGCAAGCACCCGAACUAUCUCUACCGGAUGACCACGUGCUUUGCUGUUUCUACCCUCGCACCAGCCCUCUCCCUCCCUGUAAUCGAAGAAUCCAUCCUGCCAAUGAUGGACACCCUCGUCAACGACGACAUCCCCAACAUCCGAUUCAACGUCGCCAAGUCCUACGCAGUCCUCAUCGAUGUCCUGCGCCGCCUCCCCGAAUCCGGCACCAUCAUUGCGCUCGAGAAGGCUGGCCAGCUACCGCCCGCCGGUUCGCCGAAGGGCCGAGAUCUCAUUCAGAAGCACAUCUUACCGAACCUGGAGAAGCUGCAGCAGGACGAUGAUGUCGAUGUGAGGUAUUUCGCUACGACAGCUGCGCAGAGCUUUACGGACGCUAUGCAUACGGAGCCGUAG